AUGACAGCUCCUGUAACACCCGCUCGGACAGGUACGCCAGGGUUCAUCCGUGAAGCGGAUCCUGAGAAAGCAGGCUUCUUUCCUUAUUUGGACGACCGCUUAGGCGCGCCAGAGUACGCGUUUCCACUGUUCUCGGAUCAGAAAGAGGACGAUGAUGAUAUGCACAUGCCCCAAUGGGACGAUGAUGUGAAGCUGAAACCGAAAUUCAAGGACCACUUCACACGUGAGAAUGUUGUCAGUACGCUCGGAAUGAUGUUCAUGGUACUAGGGUUAUUGUGCAUAUUUGUGAUUUUGCCGGUUGUGUCUUAUACUACACAGGGCCUGCUGGAUUACGACUAUGAAACUCCGCUCUCGGAGAUGCCAAAGGUAGGACAACAGCCGGAAACGUGGGCGAGUGUGAACAAUAAGACCUACCCACUUCUAUCAAAUCUGCGAACCGGAUUGAUCGACCCGGACACACCAAACAGCGCCAAGACGAGGACAGGCGUAAAUGGCAAUGAGUACGUGCUUGUGUACAGUGAUGAAUUCAAUGAGCAAAACCGGAGUUUCUGGGAAGGUGACGAUCCAUAUUGGUUCGGUGGCAAUUUCUGGUAUGCUGCAACGCAGGACUUGGAAUGGUACGACCCGGAUGCGAUCAACACAGGCGAUGGCACGCUCCAGAUUCAGCUUGACAACUUCGCCAACCAUGGCUUGAACUACCGCUCAGGCAUGCUGAACUCCUGGAACCAAUUAUGCUUCAAGGGAGGCAUAUUCGAAGUCUCCAUGUCACUGCCAGGGCCCGCUGGCGUGCACGGCUUAUGGCCCGGUGCUUGGACAAUGGGCAAUCUCGGACGACCAGGCUAUCUGGCGACAACGGAUGGUCUCUGGCCAUAUACGUACAAUACAUGUGACACUGGCAUCACUCCAAACCAAUCAAUGACCGACGGUACGAGCGAGCUGCCCGGACAGAGGUUGCCAUCUUGCUCCUGCGUUGGUGAAGAUCAUCCGACCCCCGGGACAGGGCGAGGUGCUCCGGAAAUAGACAUUGCGGAGGCCAGUGCAGACUGGGGUGGAAAGGGAUGGGGCGUGGCAACCCAGUCUUAUCAAGUUGCGCCGUUCGACAUCUGGUACUACCCCAAUUACAAUUUUAUGGAGACGCCGAACUACAACAUGAGCUUCGUCAAUACCUACACCGGAGGUCCAUUCCAGCAGGCUGUAUCUACAACGACUAUGCUAAACAAUGCAUGGUAUGACGGACAACAGUACCAAAAGUACGCCUUUGAGUACGCUCCUGGAGGCGACAAAAACGCCUUUGUAGCCUGGACCGUGGGAGACAACAACGAGAUGAUGAAGUUCGAUGCGCGCGCUAUCGGACCAAAUGGUAACAUCGGCCAACGACUGGUUUCUGAGGAACCUAUGUCGAUGGUUCUGAACCUGGGGUUCUCGCAUUCAUGGGUAGACAUAGACUGGAACAAUCUCAAGUUUCCAACCGUCUUGCGGGUGGAUUACGUGAGGUGGUACCAGCGGGAAGGUCAGGAAAUGGUAACUUGUGACCCCCCCGGAUAUGAAACGACAGAGUACAUCGCGAACCACCCGGAACCGUACAACAACCCGAACCUUACUCGGUGGAGCGAUACAAGCUACAAGCGGCCCAAGAAUAGUUUGAUGGAUGGGUGCAAGGCUGCCACGGCAAGCACAAGUUCAAGCAGAAGCACGAGCACGAGUCGCUAA